AUGGACUUCGUUCCCGCCGUUCCUGGCAGCCACAUCAUCAUCAACACGACGCACGUCGCACUUCCACCCAAGCCAGGCGCUCCACCACCACCAAUCCUCAACCCCGUCGCCGACCAUGCCACCGUUGGUUUGAUCGGUCUCUUCAUUCUGAUCGGCUGCAUUAUUUGGUGCUUUGGCCCAUCAAACGAGGACGAGCGUGAGAUUCGCAGGAGACUGGGUGAGGAUCUCGACAACGAGAAGGCAUGGGAGAAGAAGUGGAUCUUUGUCAAUCCUGAGAAGCGGCGUCACAGGCUUGUGAGCUUCUCGUUCGUUGUGCUGUGGCCAGUGAUUGGGCUUCUCUGGUGGAACGUCGUCAUGGUCCGCAAAACCGAGGACAAGAGGAUGAAAGAACUCGAAGAGGGCUUGGCUAGGGCGAAUAGGGGGCCCUUGGCUGGCGCGGAGUCGGGAAAGUGUAGAAUGCCCCUGCUGUAA